CUUUACCUCGUCAACACGACAUCCAUGAGGCCCAUUCCCCAACUCUUACCUGCGGUCUUCCCCACUUUCUUCUUCCCUGAACAAACCCCCUGAAAAAGAUAAUGAAGAAAUCUGUCUUUUUCUUCUCGCUUCUCCUUUUCAUUGUUCUACCAUUCUCUUCCCAAACCCCAACCCCUAAAAACCCGAACCCGAAACCGCCACUCACCCAGGCCCACACCGAGCUUAUAAAUUACGGUUUCCCAAUCGGUCUCCUUCCAGCCUCGGUCCGAAAUUACACUCUUAACCAAACAUCCAGUGAAUUCGCCGUCGAUCUCGGUGGUACGUGUAAGAUCACGCUCCCGCCUGACAACUACCUAGCCACGUACUCGAAGCGGAUAACGGGGAAAAUUGACCAGGGAAAGAUAGCUGAGCUGGAUGGGAUCCGGGUCCGAGCAUUUUUCAAGUGGUGGUCCAUAACGGGGAUCCGAUCCAGUGAGGAUAAUUUGGUCUUUGAAGUCGGGAUGGUUACGGCUAAAUAUCCGGCCAAGAAUUUCGACGAAAGCCCUUUCUGUGAAGGCCAGCAUUCGUCUUCUUAAAAGCUUAAAACAAUGAAAAACCAAAUAAAGGGCACCCCAGUUUGCUGCUUGGUUAAAUUAUUGUCUGACCUCUGUAAUUGUAAGACGUUAGUCUCAUCUAGACUUAAGGAUACAAUUAAUGUUAUCUUCCCGUAUGUAUUUGUGAAUAUGUAUCACAGAUUUUUUUACUAAUAUUAUCGUGUUAUCAGAUACCCAUCAUUAAGUUCU